CAUGUGCAUCUAAUGAAAAGGCACUUGACAGUCGGCCAGGACGCACGCGAGGGAGCGCGAGCCGGCCGGACCGCGGCGCCGCCCGAGCCAAUCGCCGUCGCCGGCCUCUCCAUGGGCGAGCAGGAGGAGGGGGCGGUGGGCGCAGCCGGCCGGGCCGCGGCCGCUCCGAGGUGAACCGCGCCGAGACGGGCUCGCGGCGCGGGGAGGCCGGGCGCGCCGCCGCUAUGAAUUCCGCCGAGCAGACCGUUACGUGGCUCAUUACCUUGGGGGUGCUGGAGUCGCCCAAGAAAACCAUCUCGGACCCGGAGGGCUUCCUGCAAGCGUCUCUGAAGGAUGGGGUGGUCCUCUGCAGGCUGCUGGAGCGCCUGCUCCCCGGGACCAUCGAGAAAGUCUACCCGGAGCCCCGGAGCGAGGGCGAGUGCCUGAGCAACAUUCGCGAGUUCCUGCGAGGCUGCGGGGCGUCUCUGCGCCUGGAGACGUUUGAUGCAAACGAUUUGUAUCAGGGGCAGAAUUUCAACAAGGUCCUCAGCUCCUUAGUGACUCUGAAUAAAGUAACAGCAGACAUCGGCCUGGGGAGCGACUCCGUGUGUGCCCGGCCCUCGUCUCACCGCAUCAAGUCUUUUGACUCCCUGGGAUCCCAGCCUUCGCACGCUCGGACUUCAAAACUGUUCCAGGGCCAGUACCGCAGUUUGGACAUGAGCGAUAACAGCAGCAGUCAGCUGGUGGUGCGAGCCAAGUUCAACUUCCAGCAGACCAACGAGGACGAGCUCUCCUUCGCCCGAGGGGACGUCAUCCACGUCACGCGAGUGGAGGAGGGCGGCUGGUGGGAGGGCACGCUCGACGGCAGGACCGGCUGGUUCCCCAGCAACUACGUGCGCGAGGUCAAGCCCAGCGAAAAGCCCGUGUCACCCAAGUCGGGAACCUUGAAGAGCCCGCCCAAAGGAUUCGACACGACUGCCAUUAACAAAAGCUAUUACAACGUGGUGCUACAGAAUAUUUUGGAAACGGAAAAUGAAUAUUCUAAAGAACUUCAGACCGUGCUUUCCGCUUAUCUCCGGCCUCUGCAGACGAGUGAGAAGUUAAGUUCAGCAAACAUGUCGUAUUUAAUGGGCAACCUGGAAGAAAUAUGUUCUUUCCAGCAAAUGCUUGUACAGUCUUUAGAAGAAUGCACCAAGGUGCCCGAGGCCCAGCAGAGAGUCGGAGGCUGCUUCCUAAGCCUGAUGCCGCAGAUGAAGACCCUGUACCUGGCGUAUUGUGCCAACCACCCGUCUGCAGUGAGCGUCCUCACCCAGCACAGCGAGGAGCUGGGCGAGUUCAUGGAGAUGAAGGGCGCCAGCAGCCCGGGGGUGCUCGUGCUGACCACCGGCCUCAGCAAGCCGUUCAUGCGUCUGGACAAGUACCCCGCGCUGCUCAAGGAGCUGGAGAGGCACAUGGAGGAUUAUCAUCCAGACAGACAAGAUAUUCAGAAAUCCAUGACCGCCUUCAAAAACCUCUCAGCCCAGUGUCAGGAAGUACGGAAAAGGAAGGAGCUGGAGCUGCAGAUCCUGACGGAAGCCAUCCGGAGCUGGGAGGGGGACGACAUCAAGACCCUGGGGCACGUCAUUCACAUGUCCCAGGUCCUGAUUCAGUGCGCCGGCAGCGAGGAAAAGAACGAAAGAUACCUUCUGCUCUUCCCAAAUAUCUUGCUGAUGUUGUCUGCCAGUCCUAGGAUGAGUGGUUUCAUAUAUCAGGGAAAGCUACCAACGACAGGAAUGACAAUCACAAAGCUUGAGGACAGUGAAAAUCAUAGAAAUGCAUUUGAAAUAUCAGGGAGCAUGAUCGAGCGGAUCCUGGUGUCGUGCAGUAACCAGCAGGACCUGCACGAGUGGGUGGACCAUCUGCAGAAGCAGACGAAGGUCACGUCCGCGGGGAACCCCACCAUUAAGCCUCACUCCGUGCCGUCUCACACCCUCCCCUCCCACUCCAUCACCCCGUCCAGCAAGCACGCAGACAGCAAGCCGGCGCCGCUGACCCCCACCUACCACACGCUGCCCCACCCCUCCCACCACGGCACCCCGCACACCACCAUCAACUGGGGGCCCCUGGAGCCUCCGAAGACCCCCAAGCCGUGGAGCCUGAGCUGCCUGCGCCCCGCGCCGCCGCUGCGGCCCUCGGCUGCGCUCUGCUACAAGGAGGAUCUUAGCAAGAGUCCCAAGACCAUGAAGAAGCUGCUCCCUAAGCGCAAGCCCGAGCGGAAGCCUUCGGACGAGGAGUUCGCGCUGAGGAAGAGCACGGCUGCGCUGGAGGAGGACGCCCAGAUCCUGAAGGUCAUUGAGGCUUACUGCACCAGCGCCAAGACGCGCCAGACGCUCAACUCGACAUGGCAAGGCACUGACCUGAUGCAUAAUCACGUCUUGGCUGAUGAUGACCAAUCAAGUCUAGACUCCUUGGGUCGUCGCAGCAGCCUUUCUCGCUUGGAGCCCUCAGACCUCUCGGAAGACUCUGACUAUGACAGUGUAUGGACAGCCCAUAGUUACAGGAUGGGCUCGACCUCUCGUAAGAGCUGCUGCUCAUAUAUCUCUCACCAGAACUAAUGCACCUCUGAGCUGUUCUUAACGAUGCCUGUUGUACUGCAGCCUGCUUUUCUUAGAUGUUUCCUUGCUGUUUCCUGUCUCUUUUAUGUGAUAUUUUAACAACCUGGAGAGCGUUUCUGAUGUUUCCCGUUGUACUCUGUGCAGGCCGACUUGCCGUCACCGACUGUGGACGGGAACGGCGGGUGCCCGCGGCCCGGGCCUCCGGGGGGCAGUGCGGGUCUUAGAGCUGCACGUGGUUUGGUUCUAUUCUCAGCGUAGCGACUGUCUCGCUCUGUGGAUGCAGCUGUAUGAGCAUGUCUGUGUUUUGUACUGGAACCACACGGGCGUGGGAGCCAGGUGCCAGCCACACGGGGGAGACUCGGCCCCGUACAGGGGUCUAGACGGUGUGUGGGCCAGACACAGCGACCGGUGGGUGAGGCGCGUGAGGAGAAACCUGCCUUCAGGGCCGAGCCCAGUGCAGCCGAGGCCUGAGCCGACUCAGGCCCCGGCUGACCACGAGGGGCCUCUGGUGGUAUGGCUGGUGUGGGCUCCGGGCCUGGGCAGAAGCACCCCCGGCCGAGCACGUCCACCCACCACGGAUGGGUGUCCCCAGGUCCCCACUUCUCGGCAGGCCAGACGCCCACUCGGCAUCACCCCAGACCUUGCUCAGGUGGAGACGUGUCAGGCUGCGUCAGGGCCGCCUCUAAGCUUACCUGAGGGCUGAGGGCACGGCCUGGGUCCCGGCCUGGCCGUCCCCCACCGCCACACCCCCGCCCCUGCUCCCGCCUGUGCUGGGACGCGCUGUCUGUUUCUAGCCACCCGCCACAGUGAAGCCCCGUGCAGCACCUGGUGGCGUGUCCCCCACGUUCCCGGUUGUGACGGGUGUGUGUCCCUGGAGUAAGUCUCCCCUGAGCAUGUCUCAGAUUUGGGGUUUGCUGGGAGGAGACCUCCCUGCCCUCACCCCCCGAGUUCUGCUUCAGGAAGACCUGCACGUGCCACGUCGUGUUCGGUCGUAGCGCCCGGUCCCCGCUGGGGAGGAGCCCACGGCCAUGUGGAGGGCUCCGAGCCAGCGUCCGGGAGCUCCAGGCCGUGGCGAUAGGGAGAGCCGUGUCCUCCUGCCCGCGGGGCCGUGUCCUCCGCCACAGCCCACGCUCAGCCCCGCGCUCAGCGUCCUGACCUUGAGCGCCAGGCCCUCCGGGCGCAGCCUCAGCGCCGCGUGCAGGGCGGGCUCAGCAGGGGCGGGGGCCCAGGUGGUAGCUCCCCAACGGCUCGUGCCCUCGGAGGGUUGGAGGGUUCGUGGCUGUGUGUCGACCAGGGUAGACGAGGGUGAGAAAGACGGGCGCCUCGUCCGCAGCCCGGCGCUGACACCAGCCGAGCAGCACAUGGGCGUGGAGACACGCCGCCUGCGCGGCUCACGGCCUCGCGCUCGCGCGGUGGCUUCAGGAGCAGUUCGGUUUGAGGUCCUGUCCCGCCCAGUAGGGUUGCAGCUUCUCUGGUAGCUCUCGUUGGCUUGGAGGCCGCGAUCCCGGUGCGAGCCUUCCGGGCUGCGCCAGGCCUCCGCGCGCUCGGCGCCCUCCACCUCGUUGCCGCACGGCCGCUGCCCUUGGAUGCGCCUCGAGCACCAGGCGCGCUGUCUUUGCGGGCGUCCCGAGGAGACGUGCUCCUCGGUGCUCUGCACCCCAGUUGUGACCUUUUCCCGUAAUCCCUUUUAGUCCAGUUGCUGCCUUUUUGACGAUGAUUUUUGUUGACGCUAAGGUCACUGCAGAGCAACAGCCUGGCAGUUUGUUUGGAUGUGUUCUGAGGUCUGGCCCCAGGGGCUCUUGUGACCUGCUGGCAGUAUUAGUGCCACCAACUUGCAGACGGUCUUUCUGGGCAGUGGUGACGCACGUCCUAAGACGGUGUUUCUCCUCUUGUGCAACUUGGGCCAUGCCGAGGUCGCACCUUACGUUCAUGCAGCUCUGUAACAUCUGCGUGUGCCGUUGCUAGUAUUCUCACGGGAGGUGGAGACGCGGAACUAGAAGGUAGGUGAAAGCCAUCACCAGGCCCUCUGCCAACGGCCUAGGCAGUGUUCCCAUUGCAUUGACAUUUGCCACACGUAUCUAGGCUAUAUUAAUGACGUGUUUUGCAUAAAACUGCUAAAACACAGUGAUUUGUAAAUAGUGGUGUAAGACCCUGGAAAAACUCGCUAUCUUGUUGUGCUUUUUAUCUGUGACCGGGAAAGCCAUUUUCAGCAGGUGGCUGCUGUCCGAGACGCAGUUGGAUGUACAUCUGAAUGUUGCCUUGUACUGUACAGUGCGCUGUGACUGUUUGUGGUUGCAUACGGCAAUGAAGUGUUUGUUUUAUAUAAAAAGACAUCUGUUAUGUACAGUUGAAAUAAAUUUUGCAUUUGCUAGC